UUGACAUUAUUACAUCUGUCUUUUGACAAGAAUUUUAUAACCAAACCAUGUUUCUGUCAUGAUUUCUCGAUAGAUUUUCGUGAUUCAAUUUGUUGAGCGGUUGUGCAACAUUCAUUAAAAACAUUAAAAUAUAUCAUUAAAUAUAAAGUGAAGUCAAUCAGCAUGUGGAAAGGUCUUAGAUUAACGCAAUCUCAGUUAUCGAAACUCCAUUUCAAUGGGCAUAAACUUCAGCCUGUCGGUGUGCCAGCCUUAGAUUCAGUGUUAAAUCAGUGGUACGAAUUCUGUAAAAAGCCACCGAAGGGUUUCGAGAAGUAUUUCCAGCCGGGAACGAGUCAGAAACAGCCUAAAAUUCCGGACAAGGAGGGUUCACCCGGUCCGUCUAAAAGUGCCUCACCGUCUCCAAAACCUAGUAGUUCGGACAAAUGGAACAUAAAUAUGUUUUCAAACACAGGCGGUGGCCGCGGCGGUGGUGGAAGAGGAGGCUACGAAGGCCAGGACCGAGAGAAAUGGAUGAUGUUCAGUGCAAUGGGCGUAAUGACAUUGCUUGCCUCAUUUGCGUAUUUUGAAAUGAGAUACAAGGAAAUAAGUUGGCGCGACUUCGUUAAUUUAUACCUAAACAAAGGCACAGUUGAAAAACUCGAAGUUAUUAAUAAGAAAUGGGUGCGUGUGAAGUUGCAACCUGGGUCAGCCUUGGAGAACAAGAUUAUUUGGUUUGCUAUCGGCAGUGUGGACUCUUUUGAGAGGAAUUUGGAGAAUGCACAGACGGAAAUAAGUGUUGAUCCUCCAAAUUUUGUUCCUGUAAUUUAUAGGACUGAAGUAGAAGCUGCUAGUUUGACUGGAUUGCUUCCGACAUUGCUUAUUAUAGGAUUUUUGAUUUAUAUGAUGAGAAGAUCUGCUGACAUGAUGGGACGUGGCGGUAGGAAAGGAGGUGGUCUGUUUGGAGGUGUCAUGGAAUCGACAGCUAAGCUUAUAAACCCUACAGACAUUGGUGUAAAAUUCCAAGAUGUAGCUGGCUGCGAAGAGGCCAAAAUAGAAAUAAUGGAGUUUGUCAACUUUCUGAAGAAUCCACAGCAGUACAUUGACCUCGGAGCCAAGAUUCCCAAAGGAGCUUUGCUAACAGGACCGCCUGGUACUGGUAAAACGCUUUUAGCAAAGGCAACAGCCGGAGAAGCAAAUGUUCCUUUCAUAACUGUAUCUGGAUCUGAAUUCUUAGAGAUGUUCGUUGGUGUCGGUCCUUCCAGAGUGCGUGACAUGUUUUCAAUGGCCCGUAAACAUGCUCCGUGUAUUCUAUUCAUAGAUGAAAUUGAUGCUGUUGGCAGAAAGAGGGGAGGCCGUAGUUUCGGAGGUCAUUCGGAGCAGGAGAAUACUUUAAAUCAACUUCUAGUUGAAAUGGAUGGUUUUAACACAACAACAAAUGUAGUAGUGCUAGCGGCGACGAACAGAGUUGAUAUUUUGGAUAAAGCUCUACUCAGACCGGGAAGAUUUGACCGACAGAUAUUUGUGCCCGCCCCAGAUAUUAAAGGAAGAGCUUCCAUUUUCAAAGUGCACUUAGGCCCACUCAAGACUAGUUUGAAUAAAGAAAAUCUGGCGAGGAAAAUGGCUGCUUUAACACCAGGCUUCACCGGCGCUGACAUAGCGAACGUGUGCAACGAAGCCGCCCUCAUCGCAGCCAGGGAGCUGGCCACGGGGAUCACGAUGAAGAACUUUGAGCAAGCCAUCGAGCGGGUCGUCGCCGGCAUGGAGAAGAAGUCCAACGUUCUCCAACCGGACGAACGCAAGAUUGUCGCUUACCACGAAGCAGGACACGCCGUGGCCGGGUGGUUCCUGCAACAUGCCGACCCGCUACUCAAAGUCUCCAUCAUACCGAGAGGCAAAGGGUUAGGGUACGCACAGUACCUGCCGAAAGAACAGUAUUUGUACAGCAAGGAACAGCUGUUCGAUAGAAUGUGCAUGACGCUCGGUGGGAGGGUGAGCGAGGAGUUGUUCUUCGGAAGGAUCACCACAGGAGCUCAGGACGAUUUGAAGAAGAUAACGCAGAGCGCGUACGCACAAAUAGUACACUACGGCAUGAACCCGAAAGUCGGUAAUGUGUCAUUCGAAAUGCCACAGCCGGGAGAAAUGGUUAUAGAUAAACCUUAUUCGGAAAAAACAGCGGAGUUGAUCGAUUCUGAAGUGAGAGAUUUGAUUUCGACUGCGCAUAGGCACACGACUGAUUUGCUGACGAAGCACAAAGAUAAUAUAACUAAAGUAGCGGAGAGAUUAUUGAAACAGGAGAUUUUGAGUCGAGAUGACAUGAUUGAACUGUUGGGGCCUAGGCCGUUCCCGGAGAAGAGUACUUAUGAGGAGUUUGUUGAAGGCACAGGGUCUUUGGAAGAAGAUACGUCAUUACCUGAAGGUUUGAAAGAUUGGAAUAAAGAGAAGCAGCCGACGAAUCCGCCAGCGGAGAGCAUACCGACGGGCGCAAGUAGUAAAAAUUAAGUAGGAAUAUUGUUAGGUUGAUGUACGAAAAAGGUGGAUGAUUCAAUACUGAAGACGAAUUUACUUUGUGGAAUUAUACAGUCGCUUGUAGAUAAGAUGUAGUAGGUAUUAUGAACCCAAUCUUCUAAAAUAUUAGGUUCUAAACGCGAAUGUAAAUGAUACUCAACACUCUGUGAAAAGGCCCAAUAAACUAUUAUAUGAUAAUACUUUGGUCCAUAACAAAGUUAUUUUACAGAGCUGUGAAUAUUUGGGAUAAGUAAAGGGAAUUUUGAGACUCAUUUCCGUGAAUUUCCGGAACGUGCAUUUAUUGAAAAUGUUCAUGGGCAAGUUAAGAAUUAUUCUUUUUAUUAUCUAGCCGCUUCAAAAUAAGAUUUCUAUCAUUGCAUAAUAUAAUGGUCACAACACAACAUACGCAGAAUGGAUACAACUUUAUUCAGAUGCCAUGUAGACAAGAAAAUACAUUGAUUGAUUUAUCGUACAAAUAUAAUUUGUAAAGCACAAUGUGCGGAUUUAAUGCUAAAAGCGUCAUCUUGUUUUCGUUGCGACAAUUUAAGUACUCGACAACUGUUAAACAAAUUUGGAAGACAAAAAGGGGUAUUUUAAUAGGAUUUCGCUCUUUCGAGCAAAGAAUAAGAUAGAACCUUUGUGUUAGAGGCAAGAUCUUUGCCACUGCGGCAAGGUGCCACCAAUGUAUGUAGCUGACCUAAUUAAUAACUUUUAUAAUGAGCAUGCGUGUUUGCAAAACUUUUGCCAGUAACGUGAAUGAUAUAGUCCACCUUUAUUGUACGUCAAUUGAUUGUUGAUCAACUUGUGAAUUUACCUAUAAGAGGUUUGUUUGUUUUGUUAAUGUUUAUGUGUAGAAAGUGUUAGAUUAUUUUGUUGCAACUGGCAAUACAGUAUUUUUUUAGUCUGGUAGCCCGAAACGAAAUCAAGAACAAAAUUAGGGCUGCUCGCAUUUCUUAACGUGUAAUAUAGCCUCCGUUGUGUAAUACGCUUUUUGUAACAUAAAUAAAUUCUAGUUAAAUAUUUUU